UUCAGAUCUGUAUUUUGAGAUAGAAGGGAAGACACGCUGAAAAUGACAUAGUAUUUACUUUACAAGAACAUUUUAGUGAAUUAAUAACUUGGCGCCAAAACUAAUCUGUGAUAAAAAUAAUGAGUGAUAAAAGGGAUCCAAAGACCAUUGUAAAAAAAAGGAAAAAAAUGUGGUUUGAGAAUUUUUCCUUUGAGUUAAUUAGUGAAACCAUCGUUCACUCUAUGGAACUAUUUUUUUACUGGUAUGGAUCAAUUUUAGCCAGAUAUCCAAUCAGAAGUAUUUGCUUGACAUUAGUAAUUCCUGGUUUGUGCGCUAUUGGGUUGCUGCGGCUAGAACAGGAAAAUAAUCCAUAUAAAUUAUGGAUUCCUCAGGAUUCCGAUUAUAUCCGAAAUCAUGAGUGGCUGUGGCAAAAUUUUCCGGACGAUAUACGGUUUCAUUCCGUCAUAUUGACAGGGGACAAUGUGCUUACACCAGAAUACAUUCGAAAGUUGUACGAGGUGCAUGAAGCAAUGGUCAACGUAACAAGUUCCAAGGGGGAAAGAUGGUCUGAUAUUUGUUACAGGGUGCCAAUGGUGGAUCUUGAACCCAUACAAGAUUUGCUAAACGACAGCCUAUACGAAUAUGAAGAUUACGAAGACGACGUUGAAGAAAUCCCCGAAACUACGGAGCAAAUACAAGAUGGCGGCUCUGAAACGACAGCGGACAGUAUGUUUGAUAUAACAACCCAAAUCUCUGUCAUUGACAAUUCUACGCUCAUUUCAUCAAACAAUUCAGAAAAUCGUAUAAAGCGUGCGUCAGAAUUUGACCCCGCCAUCGACCUAUACCCUGAAGAUUACUGUCCUUUGAUCGAAGAUUUAACAACAUCUAUUUGUCUAGAAAAUAGUCUAUUAGAACUUUGGGGAAAGGCUGGUUACACACAAGAGACAAAAGAUAUCAUCUACGCACUUACACAAGAAGACAUUUUAAGAGCCAUUAAUACAGUGACGACAUCACCAGUUUAUGACAGAGCUCAGGAUUUUUCUAAAUAUCUUGGAGAUAUUUCAAGAAACUCCUCAGGGCACAUUAUAGGUGCUCGGGCAAUGUUCUUGAGAUUCUUUGGACAAGUAAAUACAACUGCCCUCACUGACAGUGAGGAUGUUGCAGUUACUAAAGGUAGUCCUGUAGAUGGAAAUACCCUGGCUUGGGAGGAUGCAAUAAUAGACGUUUUAUCAAAGUUAGCUGAUGGGGACAGUAGUCUGGUGUUCAAUGUUGCAAAAAGUUUCAGUGAUUUGUCUGCAGGGGCAAUAUACGGAGAUGCUCUGCUCUUUGGUAUUGGAACAUCAACAGUUUUUGUUUAUGUUCAAAUUAUGCUGGGAAAAUUCAACUUUGUUCAAACAAGGCCUGGACUCUCUAGUGUUGGUCUAGGCUGCUACGGUCUUGCCAUUCUUACUUCCUACGGAUUUUGUUCAGGAAUCGGAUUAGUUUUCUCCCCUCUACAUUCUGUUAUACCUUUUCUAAUUAUGGGAUUAGGUGUGGACGAUAUGUUUGUGAUCAUGCAGAGUUUGGAUAAUCUAGAUGCGAAAGGAGGCACAGCGCUUUGGAGUAUUGAGAGGAAAAUCGCGGAAACAAUGAAAUUAGGAGGCGUCGCGAUUACGAUUACUUCAUUUACUGAUUUAAUCGCGUUCGCUAUUGGAGCUAUAACAGUGUUACCAGCUUUAAAAUCCUUCUGUCUAUUUUGUGCGGUCGGGAUUGCGUCUGUAUAUUUCUACACUGCAACUAUUUUCGUAGCUUUUCUUUCUAUAGAUGAAAGGAGAAUAAGAGCGAAGAGAAACGGAAUGUGUCCCCUUAUCGUACACAAAGAUUGGACACCAAAUAAAAUAAGCCAGCGUGAAUUUGGACGUGAGUUGUUUGAGAAGCUUGGUUGGGUUCUUUCAAAUCCUUUUGUUCAAGCCUUUGUUCUCAUAGCAACAGCUGUUCUGGGAGGGUUCGGUAUCUACGGCUUGUCUGAGCUAAAGCAAGAGUUCAAUCCGAUCAAAUUUAUUCCACCAGAGUCUUAUCUUGCAGGAUGGUUUCACGCUAAUACAGAAUAUUUUCCUAAGGAAGGGGAGAGAGUUAUCGUUAAUAUCGGAGAUAUAGAUUACAAUAACGAACUGCAUAAACUAGAGAAUUUAGUUGGAGCGUUAGUAAAUGAGACAGAAAUCCUGUCAGCUGUAGAUUCAUGGUAUUUAGAGUUUAGAAAGUUUGCUGUUGGAAAGAAUCUGGUAGAGGAGAGUGAUUGGUUUAAUCUUUUCCAGGAAAACAGGGAGAAAUUCUACACAAUUCUUACACAGUUUCUUUUUAGUCCUGAUGGAGCACCUUACCGUCGGCGCUUUAACUUUGUAAACGAUCUUAUUUGUGGCGAGGCAGCACCCACAGUUUUGCUUUCCUCAAUAGAACUGACACACAGGCUGUUCACCUCGCCUUCAGAAUGGAUCCCGGCCAUGAACCGAAUAAAAGAAUUGGUUCGGGAAGCAAAUUUUAGUUCUAGAGCUUUCCCAACAGGGACAGAGUACGCUAGCUGGGAAACUGAUGAGGUUAUUGGAUAUGAAUUGUAUCAGAACAUGGGAAUCUCUCUCCUCUGUGUGUUUUUAACAGUGCUUCUCCUGAUUGCCAGCAUAAGAGCCUGUUUACUAGUUCUGGUCUGUGUGGUUCUAUCAUUGGUAAAUGUUGCUGGUUACAUGCAUUUCUGGGGACUAACCGUAGAUGUAAUAUCCUGUGUAAACCUUGAGAUUGCUAUAGGACUAACAGUGGACUAUAGUGCUCAUGUUGCUCAUACUUUUCUUAUACAAAAAGGGAGUAAAUCUGAAAGAAUGAGAAGCACACUGACUGAGAUCGGUCCAGCAGUUCUCAAUGGAGGGUUUAGCACCUUCCUUGCUUUCAUCUUUACUGUUGGAUCAAAGUCCCACGUGUUCAUCUCCUUUUUCAGGAUAUUUAUGCUUGUGGUUCUUUUUGGUUUAUACCACGGUCUGAUAUUUCUACCUGUGGCUCUAGCACUAAUUGGACCUGAACCCCACCAGAAAAGGAAAGAGGACGACGAUGAAAUGAAUACAGAGGAAGGAAAAAUAUCAACCAUUGGAAGAAGAGCCUCAAAAGAAAACCAGGUCGCAGCUUCAAUAAACUAUGCGUUCAGUUCUAAAGAAGAAUUCCAAUUAAAACCCGUGAACACAGAAAUAGAAGUUUAUGCAUAUCAUCAAAGAAACUCAAUGUGCGACACAAAAGCUAAAUCAGUGGACAAAAAUGAUGCCACCAGUAUAAAAACUGAGUCAUUAUCAGCUGCUGAUUUGCCAUCAUCAUCCGAAAAUCCAUCGAGAGCUGAUCCACUAACGAAAACCAAUUCACCGUCACCAGCUGAUUCGCCAAUGACAUCUGACUCACCAUCAACACCUGAUUCGCCAAUAACAGCUGACUCACUAUUAACAGCUGAUCCACAAAAAAAGAUCUGAAUCACAAACGACAGCUGACUCACCUUCGACAGCUAAAUCAUUAUUUGAAGCUGAACCAACUGCUCGUUUACCAUCUUCACCUGAUAAAACACAUUAACACUCAAUAGAAUGUGAAAUCCACAAAAGCUCAAUUUAGCAAAAAUGAAAAGUUCUUUGACUUACAGGGUGUCCCAAUAAACAUGGGAAUUCAGUGACGAAUUCGAUAUCGUCUUU